UCUACUGUUUUUCUAUGGAGGAGCUUUUAAAUUGCAGUCUGUAUGCAGGAGUUUUAUCACUGAGUAGAAGUGUGAAAUAUAUUUUUUCCACAGGAAAAAUCUUGAUAUCCUAUAUUUCUGAAAUCCUAUAUUUCUGCUUUCAUAUCUCCAUAUGUGUAAAUUUAGGUUAAUUAGAUUAGAUUAAAAGACUAAUAGAUAAGCUGGUGUAAAACCAUGUCAGUCAGUUCUCAAACAAUUGCUAUAGUGGUUUAUGUAUAUUGCUUGUUUUCCUUUUCACUGUGCAGUAUUGCUUACUCCUUAUAUUGUUUUGCAGAUUCAACAACUACAGAAAAAUGGCAUUGGAGGCUGAGCAGUUUCACUCAAGUUCUGAGGAGUCCAUUAAUUCUGCAUACUCAGAUGCUGACUACAAGCCAUCAUCCAGUAGUACUGAUGACAGUGAGGUUUGCAGUAGUGAUGAAAAUUUGGAUAAUGACCAACAGUUCAAUAGAACAAACACAAGUCCAGACAAGUGCAAAAAACAAACGAGGAAAACAAGAACCAAUGGUGAUGACGACAAAAACAAGUCUAUUAGAACAAACAGAAGAACAGACAAGUCCAGAAAACCAAAGGGAACCAAAAGUGAUAACAAAAACAAGUCUAUUAGAACAAACAGAAGAACAGACAAGUCCAGAAAACAGAGUCCAAAAAAAACCACAGCUUCGAAUAUAACUGUGAAGGUUUGCAAAAAAAAUCUAAAUGGUAAACGAAAGUGGGACAAAAACCAUUACUGCCUCUACUGUGGAAAGUCAAACAAAAAGUUAAGCAGGCAUUUGGAACGUGCCCAUAUGGAUGUCAGAGAGGUGGCUUAUGCGUUCAGCUUCCCCUUAGGAUCGAAGAAAAGAAAGGAUCUAUUAGAGGGGCUGCGGAAUAAAGGUGACUAUAAACAUAACUUAGAAGUCCUUAAGAGUGGCCAUGGGGAAAUAGUGACGUGGAAACAACCUUCUUUUGAAGCUUCUGUCGAUAAUUACCUUCCUUGCCAGUACUGCUACGCCAUGUUUGUGAAAAGUGAUCUUUGGAAACAUCAGGGAACUUGCAGAGCUAAAAAUGAUCCUGGGAAAGAUGCUGAGAAAAAGAGCAACAGUAGAGUUCAGAAAGCAUCUUCAAGCCUGCUACCCAUUUCGGAGACCUCGGAGGCAUUGGAGAAUGUCAUUCAUGGAAUGCAAAAAGAUGCUGUGUCCUUUACUGUACGGAAUGAUGCGUUGAUCUGUAAAUAUGGUAAUGUGCUGCUAAAUCGUGGGAAAAAUAAUGCAACUGGUUACAUUUCUCAGAAAAUGAGAGAACUGGGUCGACUCGUUGUGGCAGCAAAGGAAAUUGAUAAGAGUAUUAAAAAUCUUGAAGAUCUGUGCCAUGUAUCCAAGUUUCAGGUGCUGCUGAAGGCAGUUAAAAGGAUCUCUCAGUUUAGCCCAAGCAAGAAUGCAUACAGAAAGGCAUCAACUGCUGUCAAAAUUGGCUUCUCAUUAAAAGGAGUGACUGAUGUGCUUAUUGGCCAGACUCUGGAAAAUGAUGAUGACUUGGCUGAAAGGAAUGCAAAGAAGUUCAAAGAACUUUUAGAACAGAAGUGGAAAGACAGUGUUUCUUUUAAUGCACACAAAACAAUGGAAGAGAACAGGUGGAACAAAGAUGACGGUAUCCCAUUGACUAAAGAUGUCAUGAUCCUCCAAGAGCACCUUAGAAAGGUUGAAGACGAAGCAAAACGGGAGUUGCUAGAUGGCAUCAACAUGUCUGCUUAUAAGGACCUGACUGAGAGCCUUCUGUCACAGGUCAUUGUGUUCAAUAGACGAAGGGAAGGUGAGGCCUCCCGCUUGACCUUAGACAUGUACAUGAACGCAAACAGGACCCCAGUAAAUGGGGAUAUAUUUCAAACACUAACACCGCUUGAGCAAGAACUGAGCAAGACCCUUACCAGAAUAGAAAUCAGAGGAAAGAGAGGUAGAAAAGUGCCAAUUCUCCUACCAGAUAGAACAAAAGCAUCAAUUGAUUUCCUGAUAGAAAAAAGAAAAGAAGCUGGUGUACCUGAUCAGAACCCUUUUGUCUUCGCAAGACCUUCUGCAAUGUCAAACUUUCGUGGCUGUGACUGUCUGAGGAGAUUUUCAGAAGAGAGCAAGGCAGAAAACCCAGGACUCCUUAGAUCAACCAAACUAAGAAAGCAGGUUGCUACACUUUGUCAGCUGCUGAAUCUUGACCAGCAAGAGUUGGAGCAAGUUGCGAGAUUCAUGGGACAUGACAUUAGGGUGCACUGUGAUUUUUACAGACAAACAGAUAAAACACUUCAGCUGUCAAGGAUCAGCAAACUUCUCUUUGCAAUGGAGAAAGGCACGGAGACCAUCAAAGGCCAGAAUCUCAACACUCUUGACUUUUCACUUCCUGGUAGCAGUAUGGCACAAACUGACAGCCCACAGACAGACAGACCAGUAGUGAGCAUGGAACCUCAUGAGGAUGAUGAAGGUGUAUCUGGCUUCACUGCCACAAUCAAGAAGAAAAGGCGAAUGGAGCCUCAUGAUGCUGAUGAUGGUGGCACCUGCACCGGGGUUAAGAGAAAGCUGACAGAAGAUCCUGGAUUUGACUCGCCAGAGAAGGAAAGACCGCAGAGGAGAAGGAAAGAAGUGGAUGAUGAAGAUGACCGUGAAUUUAUAGAAAUGGAUGUGAACAAAAAUUGUGAAUCUGGCUCUAGUAAUCAGCAGAAGAAGAAGCAGAUAGAACAGCCCGAGGGUGAUGGUGUCUCUAGCUCUGGCGCCAUGACCAGCAUGCAGAAGAGGAAGGCAGGGCUGAUGGCAGAGCGCAAGAGAUCUCAACCUAGGAGGCGUGGAUGGAGUGAGGAGGAGCAGGCUGCGGUUUUAAAACAUUUAGCUGUAUUCAUCGAGAGGCACCAGGUCCCUGGAAAAGCUGACUGUUUAAAAUGUACUGAGACUGAGAGUGCCUUAAAACACAGAACAUGGAGGGAUGUUAAAUACUUUGUCCAUAAUAGAAUAGUGAGUCUUGCUAAAACAAAUCCUUGAACGUAUGCAAUAAUCCAAUCAUAAGCCAUUUCUGCCGUUAUGAUUUCUCAGUACAUGCAUAUUUUUACUGUUUUUUUAUUUUUAUUUUAUUUUUUUAUGCAUUUAUUUUGGUCUGCUGAAUAAUCAGCAUUUUAUAGGGCAUUUUCACCUGAACGUCCGGACCACAGUUCUCACCAUGUUUCAUGUGUUUGUUACAUUGUAUGCAGUACAUUUGUUCCAGUUAGUUUAGAUUAGGUUUAGUGAGCUGAAUAAAUAACUACAUCCUGUCCUCAAUCAGAUGACAUGCUAAAUUCCAGCAACAAAAUAUGUGUAAAACAUUAUUAUCCUCAGCUUCCUUUUAUUUGCCUGCAUGCCAAGGGGAGUUGUGAUAUUGGCCAAACACUAGUUUUUUUUUUGUUUGUUUGUUUUUUUACUCCCUCUGUUAAAACCCCUUAACAACCCCGACUGUCAUUUGUCUGCCGGACAUUAAACCCCUAAAGAAAUUUCUUGAAUACAAAUUAAACAUUUCAUGUCCACCAAAGUUUUAUGUCUGCUAGUUUUAACAUGCAGAAUUUGGAUUGAUUUCUGUUACUAACUUGGAAUUAUUAUUAUUAUUAUUAUUAUUAUUAUUAUUAUUUAUUAUAUUAAGUGGAGUAGAGUGAAGAGGCAGUGUCAUGUAGAAAAUGUUCAGAAUGUAAAUGUUAUUUUACUGCAGAGAAACAGGAUUUUGUAUCACCUACACCUGUAGCCCAUAUACCGCACAAGGUAUUUAAGGGGUUAAAGAUUUCUGACCUGUUUUUUCCCUGUGACAUUACUGGUCAUUUAGUCAAUAAUAUUGCUUUCAGAAGUAAAGUUUUACAUUAAUAUUA